GCUAAGGCGACUCCGGUGGCUGCUUCCCACCCUCAAGCCAUGGGCCUGCAGAAGCUCUUCCCUCUGGCGAGGUCGGACUUCUCCGUGAUCGAGCAGCAAUGCCAAGGGCGAGAGCGCGUGGACGUCAUCGGAGUGGUGACGGAGCUGGAGACGCCGCCGACUAGCAAGCCGAAGGCCAACCUGUGGCUGAAGGACUUGUCUGGCAAAGAAAUGCUGAUCAACGUCUGGGGUAACCGCUUGGUGGAUCUCCUGUCCACUGCGCACACAGGAAGUGUCGUUCAGAUCGACAACCUGUCCAUCGUCAAGAAGGACAACGGUUCCCUCGAAGGGACGGCGGAGCANNUAGACAACGACAAGCACGGAUUCACACUCCUGCACCUGGAACCGCAGGGCUUGCGGGCGGACAAGCUUCGCGACCUGGGCGCUGCGCCGGGCGAUCGCAUUUCCGAGAAAGUUGAAGUUGCGAUGCACUGCGUUUGGCUCGUGGACGUCCUCGGGGAUCCAGUCUACACCGCGUGUAAAGUCUGUUCCAGUAAAAUCGAUCCCAUGACAAACAAGUGCAAGCGAUCUGACACUGGAUGCCCAACGGAGCCUGCGGAUGCCGCUCGCAUCUUGGCCACCGUGCACUUGGCAGAUUGGACGGGACAGCUGAGCAACGUGCUCGUGGGAGGACAGGAGCUGGCAUCGUUGAGCCAGGUGAAGGACGAACAGGCGCUGGUCCAGUUGCUGCAGGCCAAGGGCACCUCAGCAAUUUGCUUCCGGGGACCCUUCGAUGCGCGCCUGGGCACGUCUCAGCGCCUCGGGCAACCGCGAGCCUCCGGCCAGCAAGCUUCGCAGGCGAGUGCCGUCGGCGCGGUUGGACAACCGACUCAGUUUCAGGUGUUGGCGGCUCGCCAAUGCUUCGGCGAGGCGUACGACGACGACAAACGGCCCAUGGUGAAGAAGGUGACGCGCCUCAUGUCUGAGAAGAAAGACGGCGCCGUGCUUCCUGUGCGGUGUCCGUUGACGGACUUGUCUUGCUCGGACAUCGGCACUUUCUUUCUGAAGGGUAACGUGUUCGCGAACUACGUGUCCGUGUUGGCCUUCGCCAAGGACGACCCUGUGAUCGAAGAGCUGACCAUCAAUGACGAGAAGCAUCUCGUCACCAAGCACCAGAAAGUCUUUUCAAAAGAGAUGUUCGAUGCGAACAAGCCCUUCGCCAUCGAAGCGUUUUGUCAUUUCACCAACUGCCAUCUCUUCAACAUGGCAGACGGCGCUACGCGUUUCCUGGUGGGGCGUGUCCUGAAGAACGAGGCGACGGAGGAG